UGUCUGUUUUUUUCUCUCUAAUGUACAGCCCAAGCCAGCCUCUUUAAAGACAAACAUGUAACCACAUUCGACGGAUACCAUUAUGACUUCCAAGGAUCUUGCAGUUAUACCUUGGCCGAGGCGAAAAAGAACUUCAAGGCGGUCGCCAAGUUUGAUGAGUAUCAGAAAAAGAUGACAUACAUAACGAUCACAGACUCAAGCUCAAAUGUUUUUACUAUUUAUUCCAAUGGCAAGGUCACUGCUGCAGACUCUGAGGUUCAACUGCCAUUCACUAAAUAUUACACACACAUUUACCGAGAAGGCGACACUUAUAUCCUUGAAAACAAACGAGGCUACAACAUCAGGUUCAACCCUAAGAUUGAACUCAUCACCCUCGAGAUCAGUGGGUGGUUCUUCAGUCGAGUCGGAGGUCUGUUCGGUUCUUACAACAACGAACAAUUCGAUGACAUGGUUCCGAAUAAUGCGUUGCGUAGAAGGAGCCUGGAAGAGUUUGUCAAUUCUUGGACAGAGGAAAGAGGCUGCAGAUCCCGAGAUGUCGCAAUUCAGCACGAUGUGAAGGACAGCUACUUUUGUUCGGAAAUAUUCUUGGACUCUAUUUCACCGUUCCGACAUUGCUUUAAACAGGUAAAUUAUUUUAGAAAGUGACUGUAUGACAAUUUUUAAAAUAAAGAAUAACGUUUCUGAUAUUAUUGCCUUUCAGAUAUAUAUUUUUUUAUAUUUGUGUGUGUGUGUGUGUGUGUGUGUGUGUGUAUGUGUGUGUGUGUGUGUGUGUGUGUGUGUGUGUGUGUGUGUGUGUGUGUGUGUGUGUGUGU